GGAGGAAAUCAGAAUGGCUACCUUGACCUGCACGCAGAUUCUGUUGGCUAUCGGGAUGCUUAUUUCAGGAUCUAUAAACACACUGUCAAAGAAAGCACAAAAUGACUGCACAGCUAAGGGAUUGGAAGACGAACACGGCAAUGAAGUUCACAAAUUUGACCAUCCAUGGUUUCAAACAGGUCUAAUGUUUAUUGGGGAAACCAUGUGUCUGAUUGGUUUGUGCAUUCAUAGAAGAAGAGAAAGACGGAAAUUAACACAGAAUUUACUGAAUGUCAAUAGAGACCAAAGUAAUGAAGGAUCUUGUGUAGAAAUGGCUCAACAACCAAGAGUGUUCCAGUGGAUUUUUGCAUUUCCUACUGUUUGUGAUCUGUUUGGAACCACUUUGGGUGGAAUUGGUCUUCUUUAUGUCAAUGCAUCAGUGUGGCAAAUGCUCAGAGGUUCAAUAAUAAUAUUCACUGGUGUGCUAUCUAAAAUCUUCCUCAAGAGAAAGUUGUGGCCAAUUCACUGGAUUGGAAUGAUUGUUACCAUGCUUGGUUUAGUACUUGUUGGAUUAUCAAGUGUUCUCAGGGACAACCACCAAGGAGCCUCUCAGGGACAAGUUGUCUUUGGAAUUGUUUUGAUCUUGGCGGGUCAAAGUGUCAGCGCUACCCAAAUGAUAGUAGAAGAAUUAUUCCUGAAGAAAAAGAACUUCCAUCCUUUGCAGGUGGUUGGAAUGGAAGGCUUCUUUGGAGUCAUUUUCAUGGCUAUUAUAGUCCUUCCUGUGCUGUAUUAUAUUCCAGGAGAACAAAAUCACCACAGCUAUGAAAACAGCCUUGAUGCACUGCUGAUGAUCAAGAAUAAUGCUAAAUUGUUGAUAAUGUCAGUCAUAUACAUCUGCUCUAUUUCAUUUUACAAUUUCUUUGGACUGUCAGUCACAAAGUCUCUAACAGCGGUUCACAGGACAUUAAUAGAUGCAUGCAGAACUAUUGUGGUCUGGCUUGUGGACCUCUUCAUUCACUAUGUUUUUGAUGAGAGUUUUGGCGAGGCUUGGGACAAAAGAUAUGGUAUCUUUCAAGUUGAUGGAUUCCUCUUUUUGAUGCUCGGCACAGCUCUUUAUAAUGAGCUAUUGAUUAUUCCUCCAUUGAUGCCCAAGCCUGAGUCUCCGCAGGAGGAUCAAGCAUCUGAUGAAGAACAAGAUGAAAGCCCAGAAUCUGGCGAGAAUGAACCAUUACUGAGAAGCCGAGACCAAUCAGAACCUUACACAGGGGUUAUAUGAAGAUAUGACUUUGACUUGACGAAAAGCGCACAUUCCUCAAUCUCUCGGACAAGGAAGCUUAGAUAACCAAUUAAUGUGAUUUUCAUCGAUUUGUAAUCUCAUUUUCUCGGUUCAUGUAUUAUUAUUUUUACUUUGCCAAUUUGUCAAGAAUAUUCGGGGAAUUUUACGAUAUCCAGGUAUAUAUCACAAGAAAAUCAAGCGGGGAAAACUCUAUCCCUUGUCAGAGAUAUCCAGAGGUAAUGCUGUUGUGUUAAAAGAUUAGCCAAUUUUCCAAAGAAACGACACAAAACAGUAAUGUAAACCUUAAAUAAAUAAAUAUAUAUUUUUCAUU